AUGGCACAGUCCGAAGAAAGUUUUUGUUUGUUGUGAAUGGAACCAACUUAUCAGUUCUGUGAUAACCAAUUUGAUGACGUCCGAAUUAGUCGCGAGACUUCAGUUAUUUGUGGUAGCAAACGCGUUGCAGAAGUAAAACGUGGGUUGUUUCUUGAGGAAUCUUGAGUGUUACGUUGAAGUGGGUCAGAUUUGAUCUCAUUGUUACAUUGUAUCCCAGAAAUCACUAUUGAGGGAAAUUCAAAAGUGAAUGUGUACCCCUUGUAAUUCGGAAAUUAAUUUGAAAGUGACAUAAACUAUUUUAUUUUUUUUCGUGGAUUGUGCUGGUGAACACUUUCUACUACUAAUCGACCCCGUUUCCAGGUCUAUCAGAUUUUAGUCAAUGGAAUUAUACAUUUGUGAUACUUACAGUUAAGAAUGAAGAAUAUUUCAAUUAUACUCUUACUUAUCAACCUGGGAUUCGCAGUAACUAACGGAUUUCCUACUGAACCCUCAAACCAUGAAAAUGAACUUAAUGGAGAUCGCAGCUUACAGAAAGUAGAAGACAUUUCCGAUGACACUCGGCAAUUAUUGAUUAAAGCCAAAGUUCUUAGAAAGUUCAAAAACAUAGUCGAGCAUCCACCACAAAAUUCCCAUGACGAAGAUGUUGGGAGUGUCGAGGAUUAUAUUACUUGUGCGGCGUGCAACACAGGAGUGGUCCUCAUUCAGAUGCUGAUUGGAUUAAAACAAACCGACGAACAAAUCAAGAACACAAUCACCUGGUUCUGUUCAAGCUUUAAUGUAGAGAGUGGAGCAGUAUGUAAUGGUCUUUCAAAUCUUUUCGGGCUGGAAAUAAUCUACAUUUUAAAGCAUGUUAACUUAGGGCCCGGGCAAAUUUGUGGCUUCAUUAUGGACGAUGUUUGCUCAGAUGAUUACAGUCCUUACCACGACUGGACUGUUAAAUUCCCUCCAAUCCCGAAACCAACUCCACGCGAUAUGCCGCUCCCAAUAUCAAAAGCUCCCCGUUUAAAAAUUCUACAUUUAUCAGACAGUCACUACGAUCCUGAUUAUCUUGAAGGCGCAAACGCCAAAUGCAAAGACCCAUUAUGUUGUAGAGCUAGUAGUGGACACCCUCAGAACCCUAAUGAUGCGGCCGGAAAGUGGGGAGAUUAUCGCAAUUGUGACACUCCCAAGCGAACACUCGAAAACCUUCUGGAACACAUCGUAAAAACGCAUCCCGAUAUCGAUUACAUUUAUUGGACAGGAGACAUUCCGCCGCAUGAUGUUUGGAAUCAGACUAAACAAAAUAAUCUGAAUAUCAUUAGGGAAACUACCAGGCUUUUGUCCAACACUUUUCCUGGCAUUCCAAUAUUUCCAGCUCUAGGAAAUCAUGAAAGUUCUCCAGUGAAUACAUUUCCACCACACUACUUAGAUCGGGUGAAUAUAUCAAUGUCGUGGCUAUACGACGAACUAGAUAUUUUAUGGGGACUUUGGCUCCCAUUCAAUGUUUCACAAACUGUCCGGCGCGGAGCAUUCUAUUCAAUUUUAGUGAAGCCUGACUUCCGAAUCAUAUCCUUGAAUAUGAAUUACUGCAGCAAUAAAAACUGGUGGCUCCUUCUAAAUUCAACUGAUCCUGAUGCCGAGCUUCAAUGGCUCAUUGAUGAACUUCAAAAAGCUGAGAACGCGCAAGAGAAGGUGCAUAUUCUUGGACACAUUGCACCAGGGAAUUCAGAUUGCCUGAAAGUUUGGUCGCGUAAUUUUUACAAAAUUGUUGGCCGUUACGAGAGUACAAUUACUGCUCAGUUUUAUGGGCACACACAUUAUGAUGAGUUGGAAAUAUUUUAUGAUCCAGAGAAUUUAACACGUCCCAUAAGCGUAGGAUAUAUCGGGCCAUCCGUCACUCCGUUCGUCAACUUGAAUCCGGGUUAUCGGAUUUACUAUAUCGACGGCGACCACAAUAAAACCACACGGACAGUUCUAGACCACGAAUCUUGGAUAAUGAACCUUAAACAGGCGAACACCGACGACAACCCAAUCUGGUAUAAAUUGUAUUCAGCAAAAUCCGCAUACGACAUGGAAGGCCUCAGACCUUCUGACUGGAAUAAAUUGAUAAGCGAAAUGGCAAACAGUACCAAAUUAUUCGAUUUGUAUUAUAAGCAUUACUGGAAAGAUUCAAGUCUGAGACCUGCCUGCGACGCUGCUUGCAGGAUGAAAUAUCUUUGUGAUAUAAAGAGCGGCCGAAGCCAUGACCGCACACGAUUGUGUAGUGGUGGAAAGUUAAAAGAUAAUAAAAAACAUUUGCGGCCCUGGGCGCGUUGGGCAUUCAACGGCAUUAAGUCUUUGUGGAAGUCGUUGGAAUAUAUCGAACAAGAGGUUUUAAUAGCAACAAAUGAAGUCAACCCAUGGGGAUAAACUAGGCCACAAGGUGUGAUAUAAUGACCCCUCACUACCGCAGAUUUCUUCGCGCCUAAUUAAAGUGAAUAUGAAUAUGGUAUCUAUCAAUCAGUUGUUGAAUAAAAAAGUAAAUUUGGUGCUCUAGAAGCUAACUACAAAGGGGACAAGAUAAAUGACUAAAAACUCGCCUUGAUUUGAAGUGCAAAGGCAAAAAAAAUUUACGAGUACCUCUAAAAGCAAAAUAUGUGAUUCAAAUGUUGGAACCUAGGUUUUAAGAGAGGCAAAGUUUUAAAAUAAAUGAAGUUUAGCAACUAGUUCUGCGCUCGUAAAUCUCGUAAAGCGUUGUCAUCUCCUGUCCAAAAAAUGUAAACAAACAAACUAUUUUAAGGUAGAUCCAAAACCUCUUGCUUGUAGGACAAUUAGAAAAUAGAUAAAAUGUUAGUUUAUUUUUGAUAGACAUAAACACAAUAAAAAUCACUAAAUACAAA